AUGCUAUAUAACGCGAAUCCAAUCGAAGAGGAACAAGGAGAGAAACUUUGGACGAUAUACGCAUGGUGGGCUAGCGUUCUUAUUUUGAAGAUGAUGUCCUUGACUUGGAUCACAGGACGAGUUCGUGUUGCCAAACAGGUGAUACAUAGCGAAGAGGAUAGAAUGUGGAUGAAAGGAAGUCAAGUGAUCAUAUGCCCAAACGGUGGUGGACAUCCGGCAGUGGAUCGUAUCAGGAGUGCUCAUUACAAUGAUCUAGCGAUCGUUUUACCUUACCUCUUGAUCGUACCGAUUUGGUUGAAUACUUCGCCAUGUUUUUUUCCAGCGAGAACGAUCAUGCUAAUGUUUGCUAUCAGUAAUAUGUUAUCGACUUUAAUACAUUUAGAAGUAAUCGAGGCACCUAAUUUUUGUCAAAUCAUUUCCCAUGCCUGUUGUAUCGCCAUUUUGGUGUACAUUUGUCUAUCUUGUAUGGUACGAUAUUUACAUAUCAUUUAAAAAUUCUAUACUUCUUUCAUUAGGUUCUUUAUGAAUCGUAUGAUGUUUUCAGCGACGCAUGCUCUGUCUGUAUCUUUCUUUCUAUCUCUUUCUUUCUGAUCUCUUUCUCUCGAUGACUAACAAUUGUAAGAUAAUUUAAUGUAAUAAUAUCACCCAUCUGAGUCAUAUCGCAUUCGUGCAGUGACAAUUUGUAUACCAAUUUUUUUAUUAGUUUAUUCUUAAUAAAAUUAUAGUUGAAACAGCAUA